AUGUCCCGUCGCAAGCAAGGGAAUCCACAGCACUUGUCCUUGUCGCAGAGGGAGACCAAACAGCCAGAGGCAAAUCAUGACACAGAGGUGGGACACUGCUCCCCAGAGGUCGCUGUCCCCAGCCCACUGGGCGGGGCAGGCGAGAGUGACCUCUUGACCUGCGGACAGUGCCAGACCAACUUCCCUCUGGGUGACAUACUGGUGUUUAUCGAGCACAAGAGGAGGCUCUGUCGUGGGAGCCUGGGCACCGGACACGGCUGUUAUGACAAAGCGGGAGAACGAGGCAGUCCGUCGCUUCCCCGACCAAGCUCGGAGCACUGCAGGAGGCCUGGCCCCGUGGAGAUCGGGAUCCAGGUCACACCAGGAGAAGAUGAAGAGGAGAGACGGUUGACGCCCGCUAAAGGAAUCUGCCCCAAGCAAGAGAAUGUCCCGACAGGUAAAGAUGAGCCUUCCAGCUACAUCUGCACCACGUGCAAGCAGACCUUCACCAGUGCAUGGUUCUUGCUUCAACAUGCCCAGAAUACUCAUGGCAUUCGCAUAUACCUGGACACCAAUCCCACUGGACACUCACUGACCCCCAGGAUGGCCCUCCCACCUCCACUGGGAGCGGACACUCUUCCGCGCUCCCCUCUUGCCAGUUUUCUUGGAGAUGGUGGAAAUCCCCUCCACUUGCUCCGCAUGGCUGCACCACUGCUGCGUGAACCCCCGCCGCCCGGUUACCUGGAAACCCGUCUCCCUCACACACCGCCGUUCGUCAGCCCGCCGCCACCCCGGCACCCCCUCGAGCGGCUGGGCCCUGAAGAGAUGGGCCUCUUGUCUCAGCACCCCAGCGCCUUUGAGCGGGUCAUGCGCCUGAACCCAAUUGGAAUGGAGCCUCCAUCCAUGGACUUCUCCCGUCGCCUGCGAGAGCUGGCCGGCAACAAUCACAACAACAGCGGUGGUCCCACGCCACCUCUGUCACCCAACCGCGUACCGCCGAUGCACCGCUUGUUGAGCCCUACUCUUUUUCAGUCUGGUGUUAAACCACCACCCUUCCUGAGUACUCCUCCUCAGCAGCAAGGUCCACCACCUCCACCGCCUACUGGUCCACCUAGAGGCAACAGCUCGCCAACGCUGACCCAAGCAAGCAAGGCCAAGUCUUGCGAGUUCUGUGGCAAGACCUUCAAGUUUCAGAGCAACCUGAUCGUGCACCGACGCAGCCACACCGGCGAACGACCCUAUAAGUGUCACCUGUGUGACCACGCAUGCUCACAGGCCAGCAAACUGAAGAGGCACAUGAAAACCCACAUGCACAAGGCUGGAUCCGUGGGCUGCUCUCCAGAGCAAGGAGGCCGAGAUGCCACCGGGGAAGACCAGAAGAGCCGAGAGGGCAAUGCUGUGAGUGACAGCAUGGACAAUGAGGAGGAGGAAGAAGAAGAGGAGGAGGAAGAAGAGGAGGAGGAAGAGGAGGAAGAGCAGCAGAAUGGGAGCAGGCCUGAGUCCAACAUCAGCAUGGACUUGGAGAUGAGCCGAAAUAGGGAGAAUGGCUCUAGGCCCUCUCCGGAGGACAAAGCUCUGAACGCAGACCAAGUGACUGAAAGCCGAUACAACAACCUUGACAAUCACCUGAGACUUCCCCUGGGUGUCCGGCCACCCCAGGAUGAGGGACACACGGAUGCAGGGGUAAUGGAGACAGACAGGGAUGGACGUCCACUUGUGAAUGGCAGGGACAGUGGAUCAGAGGACUCCAUGGCAGGCCUGUUCCAGCGCAAGCCAACACCUAUCUCCAGCCCCAGUUUGUCAGGCUCCUCUGCUAAGAGGAUCAAGGUGGAGAAGGAUUUAGAGAUGCAACCAGUGCCACUGAUCUCCCCAGAGAAUGUGUACUCACAGCUGCUGGCUGACUAUGCUGCCUCACGCCACUUCAUCCGUGAGCCCUUCCUGGGCUUCAGUGAUUCCCGACAGUCUCCGUUUGCAACCUCCUCUGAGCACUCAUCCUCAGAGACAGGGAGCCUGCGCUUCUCCACCCCGCCAGGGGAGAUGCUGGAUGGUGGGGCGAUGUCUGGACGGAGUGGGAGUAGCACUCCUCACCUCCACCUGCGAGGUCCAGGACCAGGGAGGCCACCGAGCUCCAAGGAAAGCCGCCGGAGUGACACGUGUGAGUACUGUGGCAAGGUGUUCAAGAACUGCAGUAACCUGACGGUGCACCGUCGCAGCCACACAGGCGAGCGGCCUUACAAAUGCGACCUGUGCAGUUACGCCUGUGCCCAGAGUAGCAAGCUGACACGUCACAUGAAGACGCACGGCCAGUUUGGCAAGGAGGUGUACCGCUGCGAUAUCUGCCACAUGCCCUUCAGCGUCUACAGUACCUUGGAGAAACAUAUGAAGAAGUGGCACAGCGAACACUUGCUGAGCAAUGAGGUGAAAUUAGAGCAGGCUGACCGGACCUGA